AUGACUAUUGGCGAUAAAGAGAAGUGGACGGCUAAGAACGUCCGUAACACGUUCAUGGACUACUUCAAGCAGAGAGAGCACACUUUUGUGCACUCCUCGCCAGUGGUCCCCUUCGAUGACCCAACUUUGCUGUUUGCGAACGCUGGUAUGAAUCAGUACAAGCCCAUUUUCCAAGGUACGGUAGACCCAUCCUCCGAUUUCUACACGUUGAAGCGUGCGUACAACUCGCAAAAGUGUGUCAGAGCCGGUGGUAAACACAACGAUUUGGAGGAUGUAGGGAAGGACUCCUACCAUCACACUUUCUUCGAGAUGUUGGGUAACUGGUCCUUCGGUGAUUAUUUCAAGAAGGAGGCCAUCCAGUUUGCGUGGGAACUGCUGACAGUUGUCUACGGUAUUCCAAGCGACAGACUGUACGUGACGUAUUUUGAAGGUGACUCGAAGCUCGGGUUGCAGCCGGAUGAGGAGGCUCGCCAGUUGUGGAGAGACGUCGGUGUGUUGGACGACCAUAUCCUACCAGGUAACGCUAAGGACAACUUUUGGGAGAUGGGUGAGCAAGGUCCCUGUGGUCCAUGUUCCGAGGUCCAUUACGACAGGAUCGGUGGGAGAAACGCUGCGUCUUUGGUUAACAUGGACGACCCAGACGUGCUAGAGGUCUGGAAUCUGGUUUUCAUGCAGUUCAACAGAGAGCAGGACGGCUCGUUGAAGUCUCUUCCAGCCAAGCACAUAGAUACCGGUAUGGGGUUUGAAAGAUUGGUGUCCGUCUUGCAAGACGUUAGAUCGAACUACGACACCGACGUGUUCAUCCCAUUGUUCAAGCGUAUCCAAGAGAUCACAAACGCGAGACCUUACGCUGGUAAGUUUUCUGAGGAGGACGCAGACGGUGUCGACACCGCCUACAGAGUCUUGGCAGACCAUGUCCGUACUCUGAUGUUUGCUCUUGCUGACGGUGGUGUCCCCAACAACGAAGGUAGAGGUUACGUGCUGAGACGUAUCCUGAGAAGAGGCGCACGUUACGCACGUAAAUACAUGAACUACCCAAUUGGGAACUUCUUCUCCACGUUGGCUCCAACUUUGAUUGAACAAGUUAAGGAUAUCUUCCCGGAGUUGGCCAAGGACCCAUCUUUCCUUUUCGAAAUCUUGGAUGAGGAGGAGGCUUCAUUCGCCAAGACUCUGGACAGAGGUGAAAGACUGUUUGAGAAGUACGCUGCCACAGCUGCUGAGAACUCUACCAAAACUUUGGAUGGUAAGCAAGUGUGGAGGCUUUACGACACCUACGGGUUCCCAGUCGAUCUAACUGAGCUGAUGGCCGAGGAGAAGGGCCUGAAGAUCGAUGGUCCAGGAUUUGAGAAGGCCAAGCAGGAGUCCUACGAGGCCUCGAAGAGAGGCGGGAAGAAGGAUGACACCUCUUUGAUUAAACUAAACGUUCACGAACUGAGCGAGCUAAACAAUGAGAACGUCCCCAAGACUGACGACAGUGCUAAGUACGGGUUCGAAAAUAUCGAUGCUAAGAUUUUGAAGUUGCACGAUGGUACCGCAUUUGUUGACGAAAUCACGGAAACGGACAAGAAGUAUGGUAUGAUCUUGGACAAGAGUUGUUUCUACGCUGAGCAAGGUGGUCAAGAAUACGACACCGGUAAGAUUGUCAUUGACGAUGUUGCUGAGUUUAAUGUGGAAAACGUUCAAUUGUACAAUGGGUUUGUGUUCCACACUGGUUCCUUGAAAGAGGGUAAACUUUCCGUCGGCGACAAAGUCAUUGCAUCCUACGAUGAGCUACGUCGUUUCCCAAUCAAGAACAAUCACACUGGUACCCAUAUUUUGAACUUUGCACUGCGCCAAGUCAUCGGUAAGGAGGUCGACCAGAAGGGUUCUCUUGUAGCACCUGAGAAGUUGAGAUUUGACUUCUCGCACAAGAAGGCGCUCUCCCUUGAUGAGGUACGCUCCGUGGAGAACGUGUGUAACGAGCAGAUUAAGGAGAGCUUGUCUGUUUACUACAAGGACGUACCAUUGGAACAGGCCAAGGCGAUCUCCUCUGUGCGUGCUGUGUUUGGUGAGACGUACCCGGACCCUGUCCGUGUUGUAUCGAUUGGGAAACCCGUUGACGAAUUGUUGGCGGAUCCAGCCAAUGAAGAAUGGAACAAGUACUCUGUCGAGUUCUGCGGUGGUACGCACGUGGUAAAGACUUCUGACAUCAAGUUCCUUGUGAUCUUGGAGGAGAACGGUAUCGCAAAGGGUAUCCGGAGAAUUGUGGCUGUCACUGGUACGGAAGCGUUUGAGGCACAAAGGGUUGCUCAAGAGUUUGACUCGCAAUUGGUGGCCACUGAGAAGAUGUUCUUCUCUGCUGAAAAGGAGAAGAAGUUAAAGGAGCUUGGUGUCCAGUUAGGCCAGCUUUCCGUUUCUGUGAUUGACAAGCACGAGUUGAAGGAAAAAUUCAACAAGAUCGACAAGGCGGUGCGUGAUGAGGUUAAGUCGAGAGCAAAGAAGGAGAUCAAGCAGACUUUGGAUGACGUGAAGAGCUACUUCACCGAGAACGGCGAGUCCACGUUUUUGGUGAAGCACAUUUCGAUCCCAGUGAACGCGAAGGCGAUCACCGAGUCCGUAAACUACUUGAAGAGUUCCGACAAGGACAAGUCCAUUUAUUUAUUCACCGGUAACGACGACAACGGCAAGAUUGCGCACGGCUGUUACAUCUCUGAUGCUGCGAUUGCCAAGGGUGUCGACGGUUCUGCAUUGGCGAAGCAAGUGUCCGGUAUCAUUGGCGGGAAAGCCGGUGGUAAGGGUAACGUGUUCCAGGGGAUGGGGGACAAGCCAUCCGAUGUUGCCAAAGCUAUUGCUGAAGUUGAACAGGCUUUGAAGACAAAGUUGAGUUUAUAA